AUGAUUGAAACUGUUAGUAUUGCAAAUAUUGUUGCAUAUUGGUAUAUCACCAUUCCAGCAGUUCUUUUAGGUCAUUUUGUCAUUGGUUACAUCCAUGAGCAAGUACUAAUUCGCAAACUUGGUGCUAAACCAUUUGCGAACAAUGUUAAUGGUGGGUUUUUUGGGUCUGCAUUAGGUGUGAAAUCAAUAGUAGCAAAGGGCAAAGGAAGAGCAGUUGAGUUUUAUCAAAACCUAUACCAUGUUUCACCACACACGGAAGUACCCACCAUCAAGACGUACAUAUUUGGUACUCCAAUUGUUUUCACCAAGGACCCCGAGAAUAUUAAGGCUAUAUUGGCUACUCAGUUUCAAGAUUUUUGUUUAGGUAAUCGAUACCAUUUUUUAAAGCCAUUAUUGGGGAAGGGAAUCUUCACAUUGGAUCAUGAAGGAUGGAAAGAUUCACGAGCAAUAUUACGUCCUCAGUUCGCAAGAGAUCAAAUUGCUCAUGUCAAGGCAUUGGAGCCUCAUUUUCAAUUUUUAUUGAGACAUAUUGAAAAGAACAAUGGUCAGUUCUUUGAUAUACAAGAGUUGUUUUUCAGGUUCACUGUUGAUUCAGCUACUGAGUUUUUGUUCGGGUCUAGUGUUUCCUCGUUACAAGAUGAAUCUAUUGGAUGUGACACGUCUGCAUUGGACUUUUCUGGAAGACUAGAAUUUGCUGAGGCUUUCAAUGUAUCACAAGUUUACUUGUCGACUAGAGCUUUGUUGCAAAGGAUUUAUUGGCUUUGUAAUAAUCAAGAGUUUAAAAAGUGUAACAAAAUCGUACAUCAAUUCAGUGACUACUAUAUUAACAAAGUAUUGAACUGUACACCCGAAGAAAUUGAAAAGCAAAGUGGGUAUGUUUUUCUUUAUGAAUUGGUGAAACAAACUAGGGAUCCAAUUGUGUUGAGAGAUCAAGCAUUGAACAUUUUGCUUACUGGUAGAGAUACCACUGCUGGUUUAUUGUCAUUUGUUUUAUUCGAAUUGGCAAGAAACCCCGAAAUGUAUGCCAAGUUGCGCCACGAGAUCUUGGAUAAAUUUGGUACUUCAAACUUGGAGGAUAUUACAUUUGAAAACCUCAAAAAGUGUGAAUAUUUGAAAGCUAUUUUGAAUGAGACUUUAAGAAUGUAUCCAUCGGUACCAAGAAAUGCACGGGUGGCUACUAGAAACACGACAUUACCUCGUGGUGGUGGUUCUGAUGGUACAUCACCUGUGUUUAUCCCAAAGGGAAAAGCUGUCAUUUACAAUAUUGCUGCUACACACAUGGAUCCAAGGUACUAUGGCAAAGAUGUUGAAGAAUUUAGACCUGAAAGAUGGUUUGAAGAGCUGACAAAGAAGUUGGGUUGGGCUUAUUUGCCAUUCAAUGGUGGUCCACGUAUUUGUUUAGGUCAACAAUUUGCUUUAACUGAAGCUUCUUAUGUUGUUGCUAGGUUAGCUCAAACUAUAUCCAAGUUGGAGUUGAAAGAAGGGUAUGAGUACCCACCAAAGAAGAUGACUCAUUUGACCAUGUCCAUGUUUGAUGGUGUUUAUGUCAAGAUGGAACUUUAA